AUGCCUAAAGGUUCAGAAACAACAAUUAAAGAAUGUCAUGAUUGUGGACAUACUGGUCCUGAAUGGUGCUCACUCAAUCAUGGUGUACUAUUAUGUGAUGAAUGUUGUAGUGUUCAUUUAAGUCUUGGUCGACAUAUAUCUCAAAUAAAAUCUUUUAAACGAAGUUAUUGGCCACCGAGUCAAUUAAAUUUAAUAUAUGAAUUAAGUUCUAAUGGUGCUAAUCUUGUUUGGGAAUAUGGUUUACUUGAUCCACAAAAUAAAGUACCAAGAAAAAAACCAUCAGCUAAAGAUUCAUUACCAGUAAAAGCAGAUUUUAUUCGAACAAAAUAUCAACAAAUGGCAUAUAUAAAUCGUUUAAAAGAUGAAACAAAUGGAACAUUUGAAGAUUUACAUUUACAAUUACAUUCCAUUGCACGUACAGAUAAUAUUGUGACAUGUUUAAGAUUUUUAUCUCAAGGUGCUGAUCCAAAUUUUAAAAAUCCAGAAACUGGUACUUCAUCUGUUCAUGUUGCAGCAAGUCGAGGUCAACUCAAUCAAAUUGAACUUCUUUGUAUAUUUGGUGGUGAUCCAGCAGCUACUGAUAAUGCAGGAGUAUCACCAGAAGAACAUGCAAGAGCAAAUGGAUAUUCUGAUUUAGCUGAUCGAUUAGUUGAACUUCAAUAUGAAUUAACUGAUCGUUUGACUUGUUUUAUCGGUGGUAAACGACCUGAUCAUAAAAUUGGAUUACAUAUUAAUCUUCCUGAACUUAAUGAAAACCUUGACAUAUCGGACCAAGCACUUAUUGCAAGAAAAAAACUUCAACAAUUACCUGAUCAACUCUUUGAAGAUCUUGCUAUGGAUGUAUUUGAUGAAGUUGAACGAAGAGAAUCGAAUACAACUUGGCAUGCACAAGUGGAUAAAGCAUUGAUUCCUUUGCAUGUUGUACCAUUUCUACCUGUUAAUCCUGCAUUUUCAGCAACACGAAAUCAGGGUCGUCAAAAAUUAGCUCGCUAUGGUCCAAAAGAAUUUACUACUUUCAUCUACGACAUAUUAAAUGAAGUUCGUCGACGAUAUCAUGGUAUUGUACAACAAUCACCUGUCUCGCCAGUAUCAACAUCGAAAUUUCAUACAUUACCACGACAACAUAAUCAAACAAAUAUGACAAAUAAUAAUGCUUCAAUUUCGACUCAAGAUAUGUUACAUGCAAAUGGUCCAUCAGCAAUGUCAUCAACAGCUGCAUUAAUAAAUGCAUUUAUUGAUUCUGAUGAUGAACCACUUUAUGAUAAAGUUGCAUCAGAUGAAGAUUAUAGUAGUUUACCACCUAAUGAACAACAAAAACGUAAUAAAAUACAUAAAAAACCAAAAAAACCAUUAACAUUUGAUCCAUUAAAAGAACAUUUCACGAAUGGUUCAUUACAAUCACCAACUGAGAGUUUAAAUUUAUCGGAAAUUUCAAAUGAAGAAACAUCACGAAAUAAUCGUUCACAUGAUUUAAAAUCACGUGUUGCAAAUACUGAACUUCAAUUGAAAUAUUUAGCAUGUGCUCAUAUUGAUUUAAAAAAUGAACUAGCUGUUCUACAUCAAAUGAUUCAACGAUUACUUGAUGAAAGUCUUUUGAAUAAAGUCGAUUUGCAAGUAUCAAAUGAUAUAUUCACAAAUAAUAAUAAUAACAUAUCUUGUUCACAUACGGAAAUUCAUACAUCAACAUUAAUGAAUGGUGAUGAUUCAAAUAGAAUUAUUAAUAAAUCAAUACAACAAUUAUUUGACAAUCAUAGUCGACAAUCAAGUCCAAUUGUUGAAAGUGAUUAUGAUAAUACAACUAUUGUUGAAGAUCCUGAAAAUCCAUCGUCAAAUGGAAUUCGACAAAUAUCAUAUGGUCAUGAAAAACGAUCCAGUCGUAGUAUGCAACGAUUUCCACAAAUAGAAGAAGAUUCAGGCAAUGUAUUGAAUCAUUCUCGACCAUUUCGAUCAACAGAUUAUAUAAAUACAAAUAUCGAAGUACCAAUAACAAAAUCUCCAACAAAUCCAUCACAAAAAUUGACAACUCCAACAAGUAAUGGUCGAGCUCGAUCAUGUUCAGGCGGACGAAAUAAAGUCGUAUCACCUACAGGUUCAUCACGAAAAGGAUCAUGUGGACAAACAGAAUCAAAUGGUGAUAUUGAUAAACGAACAAGAAAAAUAACUCAUCGUAUUGCUGAAUUAUUUAGUUUAAUCAAAGAAAAUCAAUCGGAUCGAUACAUCACAUGUGCAGAACGAAUCAAUAAUUCUGUUCAAGAUAUGAUUCAUCUAUUUGAUAGACUAUCAUUAACUGAAGAAAUACGAACAAAUCUAGACAUGUUAAAUUCAAGUGCUCAACAACUUCUUGCUCAUGCAACAAUAAAAGAAAAACUUUCUCCAACACAUAAUACAAAUCGAACAGAACAAAUUCAAUAUAUAAUUGAUGAUUGUUAUAAUAUUGCAUUAGCUACAAAAAGUCUUGUUGGACUUUAUCAAAAAUUAUAA